AUGGCCGUUCUUCUCUUUUUAUGGUUUCCAAAAGCUCUAUUGGUGAAUAAACAAGUUCACAAUGAAUUAGCAAUUCUAGAUGAGAAACUUAAUAAUGCAUUUGAACACUGCCUGGGACCACAAUAUAUCAAACAUUAUUUCGUUUUUGGUACUGCGAAGCUGGAACCACAACAAAUUGAGAAAAUCAAAGAAGAACAAAGGCAACACGAUGACCUACUCUUACUGGAAGGAUUUGCAGAAACGUAUGGGAUACGUACGGAAAAGUUGGCUCUCACGCUAAUUCAUGUCAGAAAUCAGUUUAGAUUUAAAUAUGUUUUUAAAGCGAAUGACUUCACGUUUGCCAGAAUUGAUAUUCUAUACGAAGAACUCAAAGAGCGACAUUUGAAGUUUCCAACUGAAAGACUUUAUUAUGGUUAUUUUUAUGGAAAUGAUAAAGUUAAAAAGAAAGGACCUCAGCAAGAAAAUGAUUGGCGACUGUGUGAUACCUAUAUUCCUUAUGCAUUGGGUGGAGUGUAUAUAAUCUCAUCAAAUAUUGUGGAUUACGUUGCUAAUAACUUUUAUCAGUUCAAGCGAUAUGUCAAUGAAGAUGUAUCGCUCGGAGCGUGGCUAGCUCCCCUUGCCGUUCACAGAAUCCACGAUAAAAGGUUCGAUACGGAAUACAAAUCACGGGGUUGCAGCAAUACUUAUAUUGUUAGCCAUAAACAAAGUAUUCAAGACAUGAAAAUAAAACAAAAAACACUUGGGACUCACGGCAAUUUAUGCAGGAAAGAAGUUUCCCUUUGGGGGUAUGAAUAUAACUGGGAUGCUCCAUCAUCUCAGUGCUGCGAAAGAACAGCAAACAUACCAUAAAUAUAUUUUUGUAAACUUGAGAAAUUUAUUUUUUAAUGAAACAAUAAUUUAUUUAUAUAUAAAAUGUCGUUUGUGUAUUAUACGCGUAAAUUGACAAAUAGCCGAAGUGGAGGUCAUUAUAAAUUUCUCAAUGAUUCUCGUCAGAUGCAAACGUGUCCCGAGCCAAACGUGCUAGUGUGCGACACGGCCUUUGAUUCACAUAAGAAAAUUGAUUUGAUAGUAAUUCUGAUACAAGAUCCAUGUAAUUUCAGCCUUUAGCUAUCUGUCUGUCCAUCCCAAUAAAACAGUAUUUCUUAACAAUUUAACGGACCCAUUUAAAACCCCUCAAGCAACGGACACAAAUCAAAACGAAUUGCAAUACAUGGUAUCGCGUUUAAAUGAAUGUAAUCAUUCUCAAAAAUAUAUUAUCAACCCAAUGAAUUGUUGAAAAAACAAACCAUCAAAAAAAGAUUUCAGUAAUUCAGAAUCUAAACUUGUUAGGAUACCAGGAUUUCAAAACCGAACCUUCUUUCAGCGAAAAGAAUGGGCAUUAUUCAGUGCAGACACAGGAUGAUUAGGACUGACAUGUAGGGUUUUGUUUAUUAUCAAUUCCAAUUCGUUCUGGCAGCUGCACACACGUACGUUGCUGGGAUAUAAUUUCAAAAAUGUAAGAAGAAAUCCUGGUUUGACUUUCCCUUCCAUCGCGUAACUUCAUCGCCGUGUUAGUACCUGUAUCAAAGUCAUAAGAUUUCAACAGAAAUGUUUAUUUGAGAUAUCAGGUAGACGCUUUGAGUAAAAAAAGGCAGAAAAACAAACAUAAAACAUAGCUCACGGACGAUUUGGACGAUGAGACACCCUGAGGCUAGGCUGUGCAAAUUGUGAAACCCCUCUACAACAAUGACGCCACAACUAAUCCGUUUAACGUCAUAAUAGGGAUUUCGAGUUUAUGUAUCAUGACACCACAAUGACAGUUUCAAAUUGCUUGGAUUACAAAACUUUAGCUUUAGACAAGGUACCGAUACAUAUAUACAUAUAAAUUAUCAUGACACUGAAAAAUCCGACAUCAUAAUAUUCGUUUUCAGUGAGAUCUGGCAUAGUAAAAAUUAUAUAUAUAUAUAUUAAUGCUUACAUUUUUUGUUGCUUAAAUGAAUUAGUAUAUAUAGCUAUAUAUUGAUAUUUUUUUCAUAAAAUAAAGACAUUAUUACGGUAAAAACUGUUCAGUUAAUUCAAAUCAGCAUACUGCGUUUUUAAGGCUAAAAGAAUAGAGAUUUUCGAAGUUGUACAAAUUCAUUUAUUCGGCCGUGUCUCAAUUUUUAAUCGUUAAUUUCACAUGGUAAAUAUUUGGAAUCGGUAACCUGAAUUUUAAACUGACAUUAUUCUGGAACAAGCCUUUACAACGAUUUAAAAUGAAUAAUAGUUCAAAAUUGUUUGUCAAGUCCUCGAGGUUUGAGGCCCGUAGGCUUUAGCCUACCAUACCUAAUUGUAUAUCCGGCCGUGCUUAGAAUCUCAUGAGUUAGUCCGACAGAAUCGGGCUUUAACAUUGUUUUUGGACAUAAAGUUUUUUUUAAUGUUUAGAUAUAAUGUCAAUGACAUAAAUAAUGAUACCCAGGUGAGUGUGGAGUAUAUAAUGUUGAGCAAUUUUUUUUAAAUG